CAUCUCUCUCCACACGAACAGUUCCAUAGCUUACAAUCACCCGCUCACAAUCAUGUCUACCAUACAGGAAAUCCACCAGGGAGACCACUUCAACAACUGGCCCAACGUCAAAGGUUUCGAUGCCAACUACGAGGAGAAAACGCCCGUUGAGCUCGAUGUCGAAGGCCAGAUUCCCGCCUAUGCCACGGGUGUGCUCUACCGCACUGGACCAGGCAAAUACAAGGUCGACACUGUCAACGGAGACACCUUUCGCGCCAGCCAUUGGUUCGACGGAUUCAGUGAAGCUCAUCGAUUCCAGCUGGUCGCUCCGGACACCACGCACCCAUCAAUGCGCGUCUUUUACAACUCCCGCUUCUCGACCGAUAGCCUCAUCGAGGAAGUGAGACAGACCGGAGAUUUAAUCAAAAUAAGCUUCGGACAAAAGCGAGACCCAUGCAAGACUGUCUAUCAGAAAGUCCAGUCCGAUUUUGAACCCGCUAAGCCUCCAACCCCUACCUCCGCCAACGUGGGGGUCACUCUCAGUAUCAACAUGCCAGGUCUUGAUGCGUCUUCGACAAGCCGAGCCAGUGAUCGCUGGGACACUUCUACGGGGAUUCAGACCUUGCACGCCAAAACCGACUACAACGUCUUCAAGCAGCUUGACCCGGAGACCUUGGAGCCAAUCAGCCUAGCCACGCAGCAAGACCUCCAUCCAGACCUGGAUGGACCCGAGACAGCCUCGCAUGCCCGUUCCGACCCCAACACGGGGGAUGUCUUCAACUACAACCUCGCAGCCAAGCCAUCGCCUACCUACCGCGUCUUCCGCAUUUCCGCUUCAACCGGUGAAACAACCAUCCUCGCGACCUUCCCUGCCAAACCAGCCUACCUUCACUCGCUCUUCCUAACAGAAGAAUACGUCAUCCUCUGCGUCUGGAACGCCCAUAUCUCCCUCUCCGAUCUAGGAAACAUGAGCUUCCUCGACUCCAUUCAACCAUUCGACCCAUCCGAGCCAGCAAUCUGGUACGCCGUCGACCGCAAAACCGACAAAGGUCUCAUCGCCACCUACCAAAGCCCCCCCUUCUUCUGCUUCCACACCAUCAACUCCUGGCAAGAAACCACCCCAGACAACAAAACCGACAUCAUCGCCGAACUAGUCAUGUUCCCUAACUUAGACAUCCUGCACAAACUCUACUACGAGAAUGCCCUAUCCGAUUCCCCCAGCGCCAAAGCCCUCUGCGAAGGAAGAACCUCCGCAUCAAGCUCUACCAUUGCCCGCUUCCGUCUCCCAGCCAUCCCCUCCACACCCAACUCCUCACCCCUACCCACAAUCCUAGAAUCCUCCCUAUGCAAAUCCCUCUCCCCCGAACUCCCCACCAUGAACCCAAACUACGUCACCCGCAAACACCGCUACACCUACAGCGUGGCCGACCGCGGCGAGUCCACUCUCUUCGACAGCAUCAUGAAACUCGACAGCGAAACCCACAAGACCCUGAUCUGGGCUCACCACGCCCAGUCACCAGGCGAACCCAUCUUCGUGGCAAACCCAGACGGCGAGUCCGAAGACGACGGCGUCUUGCUUAGCGUGGUCCUGAACGGGAUGACCGGAAAGAGUUAUCUCCUUUGUCUGGAUGCUCGGAACCUCGUCGAGCUCGGCAGAGCAAGCGUCAAUGGUCCGGUUGCGUUCGGGUUUCAUGGUCAACAUGUACCCGUGAGGGGAAUUCCGACGGGGGAUUACUAGUUCAACACGCGGGGCACUGUAUAGAUAUAUUUCUCCUUCUUCUCUCUCUCUCUUCAUUUUCAUAAGUUUUGGUUUUCGUUUUGUUUUAUUAUCGCACUCACUCCUUUGAUAUUGUACAAAAUCCGCUUGGAAUAAUAGUAUAUCAUUGUUUCAGUCAUGGCAAGAUAUGCUUUGCUUUUAUGGCCCGAGAAUUCUUUGAUCCGUUUCGGCAUGUACCAACUAAGCGAUACCGAUCACAGCACACGAGCAAUAUCGGGUAGGUUAGGUACUGCGUAGCAGCUAGAAGAUAUUGAGACAUUCGAAGUUCAC